AUGUUUCUGUCUCUUCCUGCGUUGACUGUCCUUAUUCCAUUGGUCUCUUUAGCAGGACUGUUAUACUCGUCCUCUGUGGAAGAAAACUUCCCACAGGGCUGCACUAGCACAACCAGCCUGUGCUUUUACAGUCUGCUCUUGCCGAUUACCAUACCCGUUUAUGUGUUCUUCCACCUUCGGACUUGGAUGGGUAUUAAACUCUUCAGGCAUAAUUAAUACAACCAGAGCCAAGAUGGUGUAUCCUCGUGAUAUGCUUGAGUGUCUGUCUCUGAAAGCCCAACUACAUGGAAAUACUGGACACCCACUUAAUUUGCACGAAAGAUGCUUUGCCUGGCUUCUGUCAGAGGUUUAGGACUA